AGGAGCUGGAGGAGCUGGAGGAGCGGGAUGCAGGACACGAGAUGCAGGACACGGGACUCGAGACACGCGGUGCAGUCUUGAGAUCCAAGCUGCUUGGCGAGGCGAGUGACGAGGACCAAGGCCAAGACGGUGAAAAAGGGAGAAAGGGACUGGAAUCGAGUGAGUGGAAACGCGGUUGGGAAAUAUGCUGCCCUCAGGUGGCUUUCUGCCCUACGCCGGAAAGGAGACGCGCCGCUGAGGCUCGGCCGGCGUUCGGGUGGUUGAGAUUCACUGCUAAUUUCGCCAGCCAGGAUCCUCCCGCAUUUGGGCUAUGACGACACAUGUGACACGGGCGAUGUACUUCGUAGUAGCUGUCUAUUCGUAUUCCGGCGCACUAGAGCUGGAGCGAGAAGUGGUAUGAGGGCGUGUGGUUUUAAUAUUGCUCGUAAUCGCGGCAUUGUGGGUUGUAGUCGACACCUGCAGCUGCACUUACAGCGUCAUGACAGC